AUGUAUUACGAGAACAUUCCUACACAAUUUGAGCAACAUAACAUCACAGGAGAAAUGUUCCGUCAAUUCCAGUGUGAAAAGCCUGCAUUACAUCAAUUAACUAUACCUCAAAAAUGGGCGAAAACUGGAACGUUGGUUGAAUUCGAAGUUAUCGGGACAUACUGUCCGAAAUACAAAACACCUGAAACAUGUCAAAAUGCAGCAACAAUGAAUACAAAAUGCUUCUGGUGUGGAAGGGCUAAAACAUGCAUUGAAAGUAACGAUAAGGCAACUCAUGACUUGAAAGUUAAUGAUUGCCGUGUCGAGGUAACUACUUGUUAA